AUGUUCCUUUUCUACCUUCUCUCCUCCAUGCUUAUUGUUAGCUUCCCCACUGAAGCUGCAUACACCGGCGGUUACUGCUCAACCUUGGCUGGCACCUCCACCUUUAAAUCCAAUCUACACCAACUCCUCUCAACCCUUUCCUCCAACGCCAACCGCAGCGACACCGCUGGCUUCUACAACGCCACUGUUGGCACCGCAUACGGCCUCUUCCUCUGCCGCCGUGAUGUGUCUGCCCGUAUCUGCAAAGAAUGCGUGGCCAACGCAACCUCGAAGGCACUCCUACGCUGUCCCGACAGCCAACAGGCAGUGGUUUGGUACGACUACUGCAUGCUACGAUACUCAAACCAGCCCUUCCAUUCUGAGGCUGCCACGUCGCCUGACUGGGUAUUGUAUAGCACGGAGAAUUUGACGGAGUAUAUGGAGGAACCAGCUGAGCUUAACGAUGUGCUGGUUAUGACUUUGGACAACUUGGUCCCCAAGGCAGCCAACGCCAGCGACAAGUUUGCGACGGAAGAAGCAACUUUUACGCCGAACGUGAUUUCGUUUACGGUGUACAGCCUUGGGCAGUGCACGCAGGACCUGUCCGCCACGGAUUGCAAUGCAUGCCUCCGGAAAGGCGCGACGCGGUUGGUGCCGAGUAAGCAAGGAGGACGAGUUCUAUAUCCAAGUUGUAAUGUUAGGUUCGAAAUGUACUCCUUCUACCAAGAGGUGACAAGUACCACAAAUCAUACAGGACGAAGCAAAGUCACAUUCAUAAUCAUCGCUAGUACUCUUGGUCCUGUUGCUUUCUGUGUGUGUGUUGUGAUUGUGGCCGGAUGCUUCUUUCCCAAGAGACUAAGAAGAGUCAGAGAGAAAUACCAAGCCAAAAAACAACAGAAAAAAGUUGGAAAUCAUAUGAAGACUGUUGAGUCCUUGCAAUUUGAUUUGGGAACUAUUGAAACUGCCACAAACAAGUUUUCAGACAACAACAAAUUAGGUGAAGGAGGAUUUGGUGCAGUUUUCAAGGGAACACUUGGUAACGGACAAGAAAUAGCAGUAAAACGGCUAUCAAAAAGCUCCACACAAGGUGUGCAAGAAUUCCAGAAUGAGGUUGUAUUGGUAGCCAAACUUCAACAUAGAAAUCUUGUGAGGCUUCUGGGAUUUUGCUUGGAAGGAGAAGAAACCCUACUUGUCUAUGAAUAUGUAUCCAACAAAAGUCUCGAUCACUUUCUAUUUGAACCCACAAAACGAGAGCAGCUGAAUUGGUUGAGACGCUGCAUCAUAAUAGGAGGAAUUGCUCGAGGAGUUUUAUAUCUUCAUGAAGAUUCUAGACUUAGAGUUAUACAUCGUGAUUUGAAAGCUAGCAACAUCUUGUUAGAUGGCGAUAUGAAUCCAAAAAUAUCAGAUUUUGGCAUGGCUAAAAUGGUUGGACUUGAUGGUCAAACUCAAGGAAACACCAAAAGAAUCGUCGGCACUCUUGGUUACAUGGCUCCAGAAUAUGCAAUGGAGGGAUUGUAUUCCAUAAAAUCUGAUGUCUUUAGCUUCGGAAUACUCUUGCUUGAGAUCAUAACAGGAAAAAAGAACUUUUUAGGUUUUGACCAAUGUGUACCUACUCUUCUAGCAUAUGCUUGGCAAUUAUGGAAUGAAGGAAAGGUGUUGGAGUUGAUGGAUCCACUAUUGUUGAAAGAUUCAUGCAGCCCAAAUGAAUUUUUGAGAUACAUCCACAUUGGACUAUUGUGUGUUCAAGAGGAUGCAAACAAUAGGCCAACCAUGUCAUCAGUUGUUCUAAUGCUGAAAACUGAAACUAUUAGUCUUUCCAAACCUGAGCGACCUGCAUUUUUUACUGGAAGGUCUGAAAACCACCACCAUCAGAUUGGUGCUUAUACUUGCAGUGUCAAUGGUUUGACGGUUUCUGAUGAUAUACCCCGUUGA